AUGUCUAAACGAACGCCAGAAACUCCCAUGCCGCUCAAGUAUCGCGCUUCGAAGGCUUCAGCUUUCACUCCCCAGUCUCGCAGAAUUCCGCGCGACAGAAAAGAUCGAGAGCGCGAACAAGGAUCCUCAAGCUCGGGCUCCGGUUCCGGCUCUAUUGGUAAGACACGAACGGAGCAGCGUCGCAAAUUCGACAAACCUCCAGACGUAACCUCCCCCAGCAGCUCCCCAAUCGUAAUGCUCCGCGUAGGCCCAGAAAAGCGCCUUUUCGCGGCCCACGAAGCAAUUCUCACAACAUCCCCUUUCUUCGCCUCAGUCUGCGCCUCCCAAACACCCAGCCCAACAGCUCCAAGACCCCGCCCACCCCUUCAAUCCCCAGGCAAGCGCUUCGACCUCCCAGACGAACAACCCGAGGUCCUCUCCUGCGUCCUCGAGUACCUCUACAAAGGCGACUACUACCCCCGCCUCCGCCACAACACCCGCAAACAAACAUGGGAGCUCGAAGACGCCAGAGGCGAAACAGAAGGCGAACUAAGCCAAGCCACAGCGACGGUGUUCCACCACGCCGUUGGGGGUGUGAUUCUGCGCGAUACGGCUAUCUACUGCGCCGCGCAGAAAUAUAACCUGCCUCAUCUGCAGCGCCUGGCGCUGCGCAAACAGGGCCUGCAUACCGGUAUUCAGUGUAAUACUAUACUGGCUAGUGCGCGGUAUGCGUAUGCCAACACGCCUGAUACGGAGUCGAAGCUGCGGGCGCAUUAUCUUGCGCUGAUUGUGAGGUCGAGGUCGACUUUUAUGCGGAGUGGGACUAUGCAGGCUGAGAUGGAGAGAGGCGGCAAGCUCUUUUUUGAUCUUUUUGUUGCGAUGUGUAAUCAUAUGGAUGACUAUGUUCCUGGUGAGUCGGUCAGUAGUUCGGUUUCUACUACUCGCUGUUAG